UCACUGUCUGAUAUCAACAAAGAAACAAAAAUAACGAUACAUAAUGCUGAAUCAGGAAAAAAUAUAUUAAAAAAAAUACUUUGCUAUAAAAAGGUACUUCUUGUAUUGGAUGAUGUGAAUGAAUUGGACCAACUAAAUGCUUUAUGUGGAAGUUACAAAUGGUUUGGUCCAGGUAGUAGAAUAAUCAUUACCACUAGAGAUCAAGAUAUACUCAGAGGGAGAGUUGACAUAGUAUAUACAAUGAAAGGCAUGGAUGAAGGUGAAUCCAUUGAGCUUUUUAGUUGGCACGCAUUCAAGCAAGCAAGUCCUAAAGAAAAUUUUACCCAACUUUCUAGAAAUGUAAUUACGUAUUCCGGGGGAUUGCCACUAGCCCUUGAAGUGCUUGGGUGUUAUUUGUUUGAUAUGAAGGUAGCAGAGUGGGAGAAUGUAUUGGAGAAACUUAAGAGAAUUCCUAAUCAUCAAGUACAAAAGAAGUUAAAAAUAAGCUAUGAUGGUUUAAAUGAUGAUACUGAGAGAGAUAUAUUCCUCGAUAUAGCUUGUUUCUUUAUUGGCAUGGAUCGGAAUGAUGUUAUACAUAUAUUAAAUGGUUGUGGGCUUUUCGCAGAAAAUGGAAUACGUGUCCUUGUAGAGCGAAGCCUUGUAACAAUUGAUAAUAAAAACAAGCUUCGAAUGCAUGAUUUGAUAAGGGACAUGGGAAGGGAAAUCGUUCGUGCAAAUUCACUAAAGGUUCUUGAGAAGCGUAGCAGGUUAUGGUUUCAUGAGGAUGCGCUUGAUGUAUUAGCAAAAGAAACGGGAACAGAAGCUAUUGAGGGACUGGCUUUGAGGUUAUCAAUAAAUAAUGCAACAUGUUUGAGCACUAAAGCUUUUAAAAACAUGGAGAAACUUAGGUUGCUUCAACUUGCUGGUGUAAGACUUGAUGGAGAUUUUAAAUAUCUUUCCAAAGAUCUUAGAUGGCUGUGUUGGCAUGGAUUUCCUUUAAAAUACAUACCAACAAACUUUUAUCAAAGAAAUCUUAUUUCAAUUGAGUUACAAAACAGUAAUGUUCAACUUGUGUGGAAAGAAGCUCAGGUAGACGGUGUUCCAUAUAUCCUUGCCCCUUGGAGCAACUGA